AUGCUCUCAAAAUUCAAAUAUGUAUUUAUGUUUUGCAAUACACUUAUCAUCGGUUCGUCAAUAUUUGGCUUCAUUUGGGGAAAUAUUAAUUAUGCCCAGUAUUGGGACGUCAACGGGAGUUUCAUUGGCGGACAGUUAGCCACCAUUUGUGUUGGGUUCAUAAUAUUUGGUUUGCUCGGACUGUACGCCUCCUACAAGAAUAACUACCACAUAAUGUGUUCGUACGCUGUAUUCGUGUUGAUGUCGAUUCUGUUACGAGUGCUCACAUGGCUUCUGGCCUUCUUUCACAACUUCCCACUCAAGACCUGGUAUUACGUUUGCCUCACCUUUGAGACCAUUAUUCUGGAAGACGGCAUUCAAAGGGCAGGUGUGCUGUUCAUAGAGCUCUUGCACGAAGUGAAGAUUAAG